AUGGAGAAGAAGGCCGCUGUGAUCUGUGGGACGGCGGGCCUCCUAGGCCUCCUCGCCGUCAUUCUAGGGUUCGUCGGCGAGAGCACCAAGUCCCAGUCGUUUAGUGGGUUCGACGGGACGAACUGCGUGUACCGGAGCACGCCGGCACUGGGCUGCGGGGUCGCGGGCGCGUUUUUCGUCCUGACGGCGCAUGUCUUCCUCACCGCCGCCACCGGAUGCUGCGGCUGCUACCGGCCGGAGACGAGGAAGAUGAUCCCCUCCCAGACAAAGCGAGUCUUCGCCGUCACCAUGUCUGUCGUCGCAUGGAUCCUGCUGUUCAUCGCCCUGGGUCUGUUCCUCGUCGGCGCGACGUGGAACAUCGCCGGGGACCGUGAGCCGGCGGAGGCGACCAGCUCUGGCGUGGGCGAGUGCUACGUGCUGCAGGGUGGGGUGUUCGCCGCCGCAUCGGUGCUGUCCCUCGUCAUCGUCGGCUUCGGCAUCGCCUCCUACUUCCUGCUCGGAGCGUCGGGGCCGCCGCGGGAGCAGGAGCCCGGGAUCGCCAUGGGGCAGCCGCCGCCCUACUUCCAGCCAGAAGGCGGCUAUCCAGCGGGUGCCACUUGGCAGACGCGCGUAUGAUAUUACGAGUUCAAAUUAUGUUGGGGUCUU